AUGUUGUUGAGAAGGCAAGAAUAGAUCUUUAAGUAGCAAAAAAUAAUCCAUGGUGUGUUGUUGAAAGGAAAAACCAGUUACAGGUGAUUGUUUCUGCUUGAGGAAAAAUUUAAUACGUUCAAAUUAGGAAGUUAUGUGCAAGUGAGGAGAAGAGGGCAUUGAAUUCAACACCAACAGGCAACAACAAAACAAAAGAAAAAAAAAAUGAAAAAUCGAGAGUGGCUUGAAAUAGCAAAAGUGGAGUUGAAAAUAGGGAUACAGCCAAGUGGUUCAUUCAAUAUUCCAUGUAUGUGCAGUUCACCACAAAUUUCCAACUCCUGCCACGCUUGGGAGUUUGGGAUUCCCAGAAGAGAGAGAAAGAGUUGGUUCUGUUUCCCACCAAUUUAACCUUUUUCUGGGACCGUGAAAUCCUUUGCGCCUCAACUCAAGUGGGUCAUCUUCAGGUCCAACUCCCACUUGCUGGUCUUUGCUGGCUGUGCUGUGCUUGGGUUAGCUUCCCCCUUUUUUUUUUUUUUUUUCCCAAAACUCUUUCUCCAUGUUCUUCCUCUCUAUCUCUAAUGAAAGAUCCACUUCCCUCAGUCUGGGUAUUGAUUUAAUCUUAUUAAUCUGCUUGUUUAAGGUAGAAAGGAUCAAUUUUUUCUUCUUUUGGUUAUAUAUGUUUUUUGUUUGUUUUUUAUUUUAAUUAUUUUGUUUCCUACUCUAUCGUAUUGUUGUGUUCAAGGUUGGGUGUUUGUUGUAUAGUAGAAGGGAGGGUGUUUUCUUUUUCAAUCUGGGCAUCAGGGUCUUCUUGAUAUUGGGCAGGCUUUACUGGGUUUUGCUUGAAAUGGUGAUUGCGGCGCUUGGAUUUGUUGGGUUGGCUUGGGGUCUACUGUGGGGUGCAGGGGAUAUUGGGCAAAGGGGCUUUUUCGGGUUAUUUUGAACUUUUCCUUUUAGUGGUGAUUUGGUGAUUGAGAUUUCAUGUUUGGUCCAAGACAAUGGAGAUGUUUAUGGCCAGAUUUUUAUACCUUUAGCGUUGAAUACUGUAUUAGCUUAGUGAGACAAUAUGAAGAACAUUCUGAAGAAGCUCCAUAUUGUGUCGAAUCAAACCGAAGACGUUGAAGGGUCUACUUCAUCAAGGGGAAGCAAGACUCAUGAUGGGUCAUCCCCAGAUAGGCUUUUGCAUUCUCGGCCCCAUCAUAAUUCCGAGCAUAAACCCUUUUCGGGUCUUUCGAAUUGGUUGAAUUCAGUUGCUAAUAGACAUAGCCCCAGUCCCCCAUUAUCUUCAAAUGUCACAAGAGUAGAGAGAUCAGAACCAUCUGAUUCCAUGAGCAGUUGCGGUUUGGACGUCGUUUCAGAUGCAGUGAGGCGUGACUCAGGGUCUAGCAAUUCAAGGGAUCCGGAUAUAGAGGAGGAGUAUCAGAUACAAUUGGCCUUGGAGUUGAGUGCGAGGGAGGAUCCUGAAGCAGUUCAGAUUGAAGCCGUUAAGCAGAUCAGUUUGGGCUCUUGUGCUCCAGAAAAUACUCCAGCAGAAAUUGUUGCUUAUCGAUACUGGAAUUACAAUGCUCUUAGCUAUGAUGACAAGAUCUUGGAUGGUUUUUACGACCUGUAUGGAAUUUUGAUGGAGUCCACCUCACAAAAGAUGCCUUCCCUUGUUGAUCUACAAGGAACACCAUUAUCAGAUUGUGUCACCUGGGAAGCAGUUUUGGUCAAUAGAGCUGCUGAUGCUAACCUGUUAAAACUUGAACAGGAGGCCCUGGUCAUGGCCGUCAAGUCAAGGUCGGAAUCUCCAGUUUUUGUAGGUAGUGAUUUGGUGCAAAGGCUUGCUGCUUUAGUUGCUGCGAAUAUGGGUGGACCAGUUGGGGAUCCAGUCAACAUGUCAAGAGCGUGGCAAAGUCUCAGUUACAGUUUGAAAGCAACCCUUGGGAGCAUGGUUUUGCCUCUUGGUUCUCUGACAAUUGGAUUGGCUCGCCAUCGGGCAUUGUUGUUCAAGGUUUUGGCUGAUAGUGUGGGCAUCCCAUGCCGAUUAGUGAAAGGACAGCAAUAUACAGGUUCUGAUGAUGUGGCAAUGAACUUCGUGAAGAUUGAAGAUGGAAGGGAGUACAUUGUUGAUCUAAUGGCAGAUCCUGGAACACUUAUUCCAUCUGAUGCAGCAGGAUCGCAUAUAGAAUAUGAUGAUUCUAUCUUUUCGGCCAGUACUUUGUCUAGAGAGAUAGACUCCUCAUAUAUAGCCUCUUCUAGCAGUGGGGUUGUGAGGCCAUAUCUGUCAGCUGUUGGAAAUGAAUCUGAUGACAGAGGGGAACUUACGGCUUGUGCAAAUCUACCCAGGCCAAGUAAAGAUAGUUUGAAUGCAGAGCAGACUCUGCUUCGGGCACUUCCCAGCAGGCCUAGCCAUCCGUACAUGCAUGGAAGAUCUCCCUCCUGGACAGAAGGUGUAAGCUCUCCAGCGGUGCGUAGAAUGAAAGUGAAGGAUGUUUCACAAUAUAUGAUUGAUGCUGCCAAAGAAAAUCCACAGUUGGCCCAGAAACUUCAUGAUGUGUUACUUGAAAGUGGUGUUGUUGCUCCUCCAAACCUAUUCACUGAAAUUUAUCCCGAGCAUAUAGAUGUGUCAAUAGUUGAGGCCAAGUCCCCAACUGAAGAUAAAGAUGAAAAUGAAAAGAGACCAGUAAUCCGGAAAAUUAAAGAUCAAGAUGACCUUGGUCCGAUUGGCUUUUUGCCACCUCUGCCUUAUCAUGGGAUGCAACCUAGAGUAAGUCCUUGUGUACAGCCAGAUCUUAAGCCUGUGGAAGGUUUAGGGUUUAACAAUCUGCUAGAUUUUAAAGAAGUAACUGGGCAGUCUGUUUCAUCACAAUCAGAGGUGAAUCCUGUGAAAUAUGUGAAGAAUGUUCCUGUUGCUGCUGCUGCAGCGGCAGCAGCAGUUGUUGCAUCUUCAAUGGUUGUUGCUGCAGCAAAGUCAACUGCUGACCCAAACCUUGAACUUCCUGUGGCGGCUGCUGCCACUGCUGCUGCAGCAGUCGUAGCAACAACUGCAGCUGUUGGUAAGCAGUAUGAGAACUUGGAAACUGGUGUUCAUUCUCCAAGUGGUGCUGCUGAGUGCUUUAACCAAACGGAUGGCAUGCAAAGUGGGGGAGAUGCAGAUGGUGCUGGUUAUGAGCCUCAUGGUAGUGGUAACCGGGAGCAUGAUGCUUCUGGGACAAAUCCUGAAGGAGAGAGAACAUCGGAUAGAUCUGCGGAUAGCACAAAAUCAGAUGUGGCACUUGAUGAUGUUGCAGACUGUGAGAUCCCAUGGGAUGAAAUCGCCUUGGGUGAGCGUAUCGGACUUGGAUCGUAUGGGGAGGUAUAUCGUGGAGACUGGCAUGGCACUGAAGUUGCUGUUAAGAAGUUCCUGGACCAAGAUAUUUCUGGUGAAUCACUUGACGAAUUCAGAAGUGAGGUGCGGAUCAUGAAAAGACUAAGGCAUCCCAAUGUUGUUCUCUUCAUGGGAGCGGUAACUCGUGUCCCAAAUCUUUCAAUUGUUACAGAAUUUCUUCCCAGAGGUAGUUUGUAUAGACUAAUUCACCGGCCUAACAAUCAAUUAGAUGAAAGGAGGCGUUUGAGGAUGGCCCUUGAUGCUGCUCGGGGAAUGAAUUAUUUGCAUAAUUGCACUCCAGUAAUAGUUCAUCGUGAUUUGAAGUCUCCAAACCUUCUUGUCGAUAAGAAUUGGGUUGUGAAGGUAUGCGACUUUGGCUUAUCACGAAUGAAGCAUAGUACUUUUCUUUCUUCCAGGUCAACUGCAGGGACGUUCACUGCAAUCUACGACAAAAAGAUAGAUGCAAACUUACAUAGAGUUUUCCUUCUGAUGGGCGAAUUCUUCAGGAUUGACAUUUCAGGGGCCAAGUUCAAUGCCUUUUCCUUUAAAGCUGAGGCUGAGUGGAUGGCUCCGGAAGUACUAAGAAAUGAGCCUUCAGAUGAAAAGUGUGAUGUUUUCAGCUUUGGGGUCAUAUUAUGGGAACUCUCUACAUUACAACAACCAUGGGGAGGAAUGAACCCAAUGCAAGUUGUUGGUGCUGUUGGAUUCCAGCAUCGCCGUCUUGACAUUCCAGAUGAUAUGGAUCCUGUUGUGGCAGAUAUUAUUAGGAGAUGCUGGCACACGCAGAAGUUUUUUGAAAACUGAAGGUCAUAUUGGUCCGGGCCCAGAUUGGAUCAAAACUGUUUGACCUGAGUUCACCAUCCAUUAUGCUGGAUUAUGUAUAUUUUAUUUAUUUAUUUAUUUGAUAAAAUGAUGAAAGAUUUAUAUAAAAAUCUGAGAGAAACAGAAACACCAGAAUCCAAUGGUUAAGCUGUGUUUGCCUACCAGUUUACAUUGGUUAGAACUUGAUUAAGCAACUUGUGGAUGACUGGUCUGUGUUUGAAUAGUUCCUCUCAAGUUAGUUCAGCUAGUGUUGAAUCCUACAUAACAUGGUAAAGGUAUAGCUAGCUUGGCCUUGUUCAGUCUUUGUUUAUCUUAGUUCUUUGUUCCAUUCUGAUCUCUAUAGAAUUGUUGCCCCUGAAAAUCUUCUGUCAGAUCCAAUCAAUCUGUUGCAUUGAACUACUGUUGGAAGUGUACCACCAAGCCACCCAGAUCCUUUUCUGUUCAAUCUGCAAACACAAGCCCAAAUCCUACACAUAAAAGAUCUGUAAACAAUAAUCCCAGCUAUAUGUGUGUGUGUAUACAUAUAUAUUUUGCAUGCUUUUGUAGUGAAUGCAUCGUGGUGGAAAAUUUCUCUGUUUAUUUUGAUCUUGCAGUGUAUACAGUAUGUUUAUGGAUGUAUUUACAUUCAUGGUUAAGCAUAUAAAGUUAUAGGUUUCUAACAUCUUAGUCAUAUAAACUUACUGUUUUCUAACAUCUUACCUGUUUUUACAUUUUAGAAAUCCAAAAAUGAGGCCUACAUUUGCUGAAAUCAUGGCUACUCUGAAACCAUUGCAAAAGCCUAUAACCAGUUCACAAGUGCCUAGACCUAGUGCAGCAAUAAGCAGUGGUCAGGAGAGGGUUCAACCAUCACGAGCUGCAGAAGAACCAGCAGAAUAAAACAGGCAAGUUCAGAACCAAACUGAAUACUGGCUCACUGGAAUGCCAAGAAGUGGAGGCAGGUCCUGGGUAAUUUGGAACAAAUGUAAGAAAGACUGAUUGAAGACCCUGAGCCAACAUAUACUUCAAUUUGAGAUUAUUGUGAUUCUUUUUCUUCUUCACUUUUUUUUCUUUGUAUUCGUGGGUUGGUGGUGCAGCCGCCCACGAGUAUGUGUAUUUGUUUGUAAAAAUUCAUUUGCAUUUGUUGUAAUCAAGGUUUGAAUUUUGUGUUUUUGUUUGA